AUGGCCACGCCCACGGACCCAAAAGCCAUCCGCACCCAGCCCGGCGGUGCUCCGAUGAUGAAGAUUCGUCGUCCAAGGGCAGCAGAUCCUCUGGUGCGACCCAAGAGGAGGCCGCCGCCCGGAAGGAACGUUGCUGGUAACCCUGCAGCAAACGGUGCGCCAGUCUCGAGACUUCCUAUCGCAGCUCAGUCGGCCAUGAGAAAUGCCACAGAACCCCCGCCGAUUCGACUUCCACGCCUGAAUCCACGAGCUGACGUGACUGUGAAUGGAUUUAGUGGUUCGCCACUCUCUACUGCUGUAACGGAUUAUCCGCUGGUUACCACGAAGCGCGCAUUGCGAGAGGGACUCAAGCAUCAUGUUGCCAAGUUUAUUUCAAAGAAGACCAUUGAUCCUAGGAACGAGGAACAGUUUACUCGCCCAGUUCGACUACAGCGUCGCGACCCUCGAGCAAAACCCGCGGAACCCGACGCCCUUAAACAAGAGGAUGGAAAGCCAGGCAUACAAGGCGCCAAUGGUAUGGAUGAGGCUGAGCGGGAGGAGUUCGAAGCAAAGAAGGCUGCGCGAGAGAAGGAGCGUGAAGAGAAUCUUGCUCAAAUUGCACCGUCAGCAUCUACAGCGCAGAAGAAACCCAAUUACCCGAAGCCGAAGACCCAGCAGGUCAUGAAAGCAGACAUGACUGCAGAGGAAAUAGCCAAGGCACGGGUCAAGUAUGAGGAAGCACUGCCGUGGCAUCUGGAAGAUUUUGACAAUAAAAAUACCUGGGUGGGGAAUUACGAGGCUGCUCUUUCUGAGACCUAUGCGAUGUUCGUGCUCGAGCCGACUGGGAAGAUGAGAAUGGUUCCUAUCGAUAAAUGGUAUCGGUUCAAUGCGAGAAGCGCGUUCAAAACGUUGACGAUCGAAGAAGCCGAGAAGUUCAUGUCGAAGAAGAUCAAGGACCCGCGAUGGUUCAUGGAAAAGCAGCAGGAAGCAGUUCGCCAAAAAGAACUAGACGCUUACGCCAAGCAGAGAAAAGUAUAUCGAGGCAAGGAAGUUGCUACCGCCGGGUUGGAAGGUGACGACAUGGAUUUCGAAGAGGAUAGGUUUGCAGACGACGAAGAAGUCGACGCUGGUCUGUUCGAAGAGGAUGAAGAUGCUAAAGCUGCAGAGAAGCGUAUCAAGCAGGACCAGCUCAAGGCAAAUAUUUUCAAUCUUAAAGAAGAGAAAGAUUACGAUGAAGAAGAGCUUAAAGAGAAGAGAGAAAGAGAGGCUCGCAAGGAGUUUGGAAAGAAGGUGCGAAAGGCGCUACAGAAACGAGAGAAGAACUACGAUUAUAGCAGUGGCUCGGACGUGAACCCGUACUCGGACGAAGAGAGUUCUGACGAAGACACCGAUGCUGAGAAUGUCAAAGAAGAGGACAAGAAAACGGAGGACGAAAAGGCCGCCGCAAAGGAUAAAGAGAAAGAAUCUGGUGCAUCAACGAAGGGCACGAGCACGCCGUCUGGCCGUCCUAAGCAUAUCGAUGCAUUGAAAAAGCCGAGCGGCAUUGGUCGCAAGCGUAUUGGAUCUCCCAAUCUAUCCGAUGCCAGUGGAACAGACACGUCUCGGAAAAAGCCCAAGCAUGCAGGUGUUCCUUCUCCCAACUCGGCUCUAGCUGCAAGCAAGAAGAGAAAUCGCGUCGGUGGACCAGGUUCUGGAAGCGACAUCGAAGGAGGCGCCGCCUCAGGAGCAGACCUUAGCGACACCGGCAAGGCAAAGAAGCUGAAACUCAAUCUAUCCCGAGCCGGAACUCCUCUUGGCUCACGCUCCGGUAGUCCAGCGCCUCUACGUGCCGGGACCCCAGAAGGAGGUUCAUCUUUGAAGGCCCCAGCACGUGUCUCUACACCGCGACCAUCAGUUGCAGCAAACCAAAGCUUCCCAACCCCGGCUGAAAUCCACGCGGCCAUCCCAGCAUCAGGAAUUGCCAGUCGCGAUCUCCUGAAAAUCUUCCAUCCUCGCAUUGGCGAAUCGAAAGAAAACCAUCGCCGCUUUAUCGCUAUUGUGAAGGAUGUCGGUGUCUAUGGGAAGGAGGAUCGGUUGUUACGACCUGGUGUUUUGAAGGAGACUUGA